AUGAGGGAUGAUGGAUGGGAUUCUACUUUUAAUCAAGUGUCUACUUUUUGUACAAAAUACAAUAUAAUGAUUCCAAACAUAGAUGAUAGAUUUGUAGCUCUUGGUCGACCACAACGUAACUCUCAAGAGAUUACAAAUUUGCAUCAUUUUCGAGUGGAGUUAUUUUACAAUAUCAUUGAUAUGCAGAUUCAAGAGUUGAAUGAUCGUUUCAACGAGGUGAAUACUGAUUUACUUCUUUGUCUUGCAUGUUUGUCUCCAGUUGAUUCAUUUUCUGCUUUUAACAAAAGAAAAUUGAUUCACUUUGCUGAUGAUGAAUUUAUGGGAUUGAAAGGUAUUGGCGAUCUUGCACAAAUGAUGGUUCACACUAGAAGAAAUGGUGUAUAUCCAUUGGUUUAUCGGCUUGUGACUUUAUCAUUACUUUUGCCUGUGGUUACAACAACUGUGGAGAGAGUAUUUUCAGCUAUGAAUAUUGUAAAAAAUAGGCUUCAGAAUCGAAUGGGAGAUCAAUUGAUGAACAAUAUCUUACUUGUUUACAUUUUGAAAGAUGUUUUCAGUAUGGUAGAUAACGAGGCUAUUAUGAAACGUUUUCAAGCCAUGAAAAAACGUCGAGGACGACUGUAG